UGGAUUUUAAAUGAGCCGAACAGCGCUUCAUUAGUUAUCAGUCCGUGGAACAGGACGGGGUGUCGCUUCGCACAUAUUCGAGAGAGCGGAGGUAGACAGCGGCGGCUAAAUAUGAAAGCAACAGAACCACGGUUCUGCAGCGACGGCUGACAAGGGGGCGCAAGUGAUACAGCCUAUCCUGCUAUCGCUGUGAAGACCCUUACUAUGUGUCCUUCGUGCAGCUAUUCCUAGGCUAUAGCCUACUGUAAAUCAGAGUGCCGCAGACCCCGCCGUUUUGAUGGGUUAGCUACCCCGCUGGCCAACGAAUAAUUUGGGGAAUGCAUAGAAUUCCCGUUUUAAAAAGAUAGUCGGGUAGAAGGGGAUGCGAUUGAUUGACACGAUUGUGCUUCUCUGUGCAUUGGAAGCAACACCCCUGUAGCACAUUGACAUGGAAGGACAGAGUCGUAUAAUUGUUCCUGACGGGGAAAGUAGACACCGGCAUCCAGCAAACCAAGGGUGAGACGUCAAAACGUGGAAUGUCAGGAACUGUUUUUUUACGCGGCGGUGGUGAAGUGGACUUCUCUCUCAUGAACUUCUGAUACAUCAACGGUAUGCGAUGGGAUGAAAAUGCGACGGCACAAAGUGUUCUUGUUUUGCACGGUGGGCCUGUGUGUCAUCUCCUUCUUGCACUACUACAAGGCCCUGCACUAUGUCUCGCUGUUGAGGGAGCUCUCUGCGCCAUACCCCAACAUCAAGUCCUUCAUUGUGGUGGCUGGCAUGUUCUGGAAGGAGAGAACCACCCCACUGUCCAGCUCCCUACUGAAGGGGGGGCAAGCCCUUGCCAUGAGACUAUCUGACAAUGAGGCAGAAGACAGCAUGGAGCUGGACAGGGAGAUGGGCAAGGAUUUGAUUGCCUGGUACGACAGAGUGCAGCCCAAUCACCCAAACAGGAAGGAUGCAGCGGUGAGGAAGGCUCCCCGGAUGUUUGCUCCCGCAGACCCCAUGGGCCCACUUGGGGACCUCCACCAGCACAACUUCCAGCUCCGGGAUGACACCACACCCUACUUUGUGCACACUAAAGCCGGAGCCCUAUGUUUCAGGCAUGGGACGGAGAUGGCCACCCCCAAGGAUGGUGCGGUGCGAGAAGAGGAAAGGGCAGCGGGCCAGCGUAGUAUCCUCCAGCACCAGAAUACCGCUCACUCGCCACGGGCUAGGCCCCAGCGGGGCAAGCGGCUGGUGCGAUGUGUUUGCCGGCAGGGCUGGCACGGGCCUUACUGUGGCAUCCCCACCAUGGUGCAGCACUCCAAUUUGCCCACCAAGGACAGGCUGACCCCGAGAGAGGUGCCCCGCAGGGUCAUCAACGCCAUCAAUGUAAACCAUGAGUUUGACCUCCUCCACGCCCGUUUUCACGAGCUGGCCCAAGCCGUGGACCUCUUCCUCGUGUGCGAAUCCAACUUCACAGCUUACGGCGAGACCCGGUCCCUGCAAUUCCUGCAGCUCCUUCUCAACGGGACCUACAGAUAUGUGCAGCACAAGAUACUCUAUGUCUUCCUGGAUCACUUCCCUGACGGCGGGCGGCAGAACGGCUGGAUCGCUGAUGACUACCUGCGCACCUUCCUGACUCAGAAUGGGAUGUCCCGGGUGCAAGGGGUGCGGCCCGAUGACGUCUUCAUCAUCAACGAUGCCGAUGAGAUCCCAGCACGGGAGGGGGUCCUCUUCCUCAAGCUUUUCGACGGCUGGACAGAGCCCUUUGCCAUUCACAUGCGCAGGUCCCUCUACGGAUUCUUCUGGAAGCAGCUGGGCUCCCUGGAGGUGGUGUCCGGGUGCACGGUGGGCAUGCUGAAUGCCGUCUACGAAAACGACGGCAUCAAGCUUCGAAGGAGAGAGUACUACACCAUGCCAGGCUUCCGAAAGUACGAGAACGACACGGGUCACAUCCUGGUGCAGUGGUCCAUUGGAAGCCCCGUUCAUUUCGCGGGCUGGCACUGCUCCUGGUGUUUCAGCCCGGAGGGAAUCCACCUCAAGCUCAUCUCAGCCCAGAAUGGGGACUUCCCCCGCUGGGGGGACUACGAGGAUAAGCGGGACCUAAACUAUAUCCGGAAGCUAAUCCGGACUGGGGGCUGGUUCGAUGGGUCCGUGCAGGAGUAUCCCCCGUCAGACCCGAAGGAGCACAUGUAUGCCCCCAAAUAUCUGCUGGAUAACUUUGAGCGCUACCGCUACAUGCUGGUGAACACCUACAGCUAAGAUAAUAGGGUAGAGUUGGAUGGAGAACGAGCAUAUUCCCCCAGGAGGUGAUGGGCAUUUUAAGGGGAUGCAUUGGUGGAGAUCGCAGAAGCUGGAGGGGAACAGACAAACCAUCUUUAUUGUUCCCUCUUUUAAUUUCCUCCAUGAAUCAGGGAGACAGGAGACUGGGGUGCAAUGGGGGUCACAGCUUGCGGUGUAACGGGCAGCCUGUGGUGUAGUGGCUAAGGUACGUGACUGGGACCCGCAAGGUCAGCCAAAUGUAAUGUAAUGUAAUGUUGCUUUGGUAGGAGGAGGAGGAAGGACAAGGAACAAGGGGUUUUCACAGCAGGGUAUUCAGUGAGCAGUUUGUGUUAAAUUGCUGGGCAGUUUCUGUUUGGUGCCAUGGUUUCCUACAUCAUUGACCCAGCCCAGGAUGACACCAUAGCUACUCCCCAUUGUUUGACCUGCUUCCUGUACCUGCCCAUCUCUCGUCACAUGUCUGUACUCAGCUGUGAGUUAUGGCAUAAUCUGAACGGUGACAAACACAGACGAAACUGGUAAUACACAUACCACUCAUGAGGUGAUUCCUGCUUGCCACAACACGGUGUCCUUUUUGAGGGUUUUCUUGCUUGACCCCCAUGUUAUUUAGACCCAGGGGUCAGGGGAAAAGUUUAGUUUUCCCUUGUGGGGCGAUGUCAAUAUUACCUGUGGUGACAAGCACUUGAGUGGUACGGGGAGGUUAGCCGGGGGUAUUAGCUUCAUUGGAGUGGUUUUCGGAGAGUUCUGGAAGAAAAGAGUGACCUGAUACAAGGUUGUCCUCAUCUCAGAUGUCAUGGUGUAUGUAGUGCUACGCAGAACAGGACGAAGGAACAGGCAUGCACAGAGGCAAAUGGAGGCAGGGGAAUCAACUAUAGCAGGUCAUAUUUGUGGGAAAACACCAGGUCUCCGCAGACCCGAAUCACCAGCUAGGAACCACCCUCUGGGGGCACUGCGGAAAGAUGAGAGGGGAUGAACACCGAAAACAAAAGAGGACCAAAAGUUUUCUUUUUAAGCACUCUCCUUAAAGACCACUCAGAAUGAUACCCCCUCCCGAGUUCAUGCAUGUUCACCUUCAAAGGGCUGUGAGAGAAAGGCCAUCUCCUGUGCGGUUGCAGAAAAUAGGGUCCCCGUCACAGGAAAGUCUCUCUCAUAAAUGGUUGGCAUUUAUAUAGCGCCUUUAUCCAAAGUGCUGUACAAUUGAUGCUUCUCAUUCACCCAUUCAUACACACACUCACACACCGACGGCAAUUGGCUGCCAUGCAAGGCGCCAACCAGCUCGUCAGGUGCAUUUGGGGGUUAGGUGUCUUGCUCAGGGACACUUCGACACAGCCCGGGCGGGGGAUUGAACCGGCAACCCUCCGACUGCCAGACGACUGCUCUUACCGCCUGAGCCAUGUCGCCCCCAUGGCGAUGUAACCGCCUCUUCCCAGUUGGCACAUGAUUGCAUGCAUUGACAUGCAGUCAAGCAGGCACAGGCCACCAAAGGCCAGACCAGUAAUGCAAUAUAAUGCUCUUCCGCAUUGCAGGGAUCUUUACUGACAUCAUGAAGAAAUCAAUCAAAUAUACAGUGCAGUGCAUCUGUAUAGCAAGCACAUCGAAGUAAACGUAUGUAAAUGAAUGGUGCUUACUGAAAAUGAUGCAUUCAUUAGUCGAUUAACCGAAACACUGGCAGUACUGAAUAGUUACAAAGUAGACCGUUCACAAGCCAAUCAUUUUUGGCUUGUGUCUUCAUGAGACUAGCCUCAAAACCACAAAAAUGAAAAUACUGGAAGUUAAUGUAAUCAAAGAGGCUUUUCCACUUUCUCAAAAAAGAGGAGACAUCAGUGCUGGCAGGGGUCCAAUCUGCCAGUGGGAAACUAGUUUGUCCCUUUGAGAACGAGAUUUGUCAGUUAAUGGUGCCAGUCCUGCCCCCAAUCUCCAAACUAGAUUACAUGUCCAAAUGCCUUCAAGCACUUUGGCAGUCGCACAAGUCAUUGUUUCCUCCAUUCUUACAUUCUUACUGUAUGACAGAAGCCCAAUGUGAGGGUAGCGAAGGUAGGUGAAAGUGGACAUUCCUGUACAGUUUUCUUUGUAUGUCAUCCUUGUUGCUUAUAAACAUGGUUGUUGUUUUUUUUGCCGUGUCAUUGUUUAUGUCUGUGUUCUAAAUUAUUGCUGUUCUGUUCCUAGAUUGAAUAGACAGAAAGUAUGUAAAACAUGUGAAUAAAUACACAGCUUAUGGAGGAGAAGGAUUCAUGCAAUGUGUUCAUUGACAAACAUUUUAAGGUUAAGGGAAAACUAGCUACUCUACUUGAUUACAAUACUGCUCCUUGCCAGCAAUCUCAUAUAUAUAUAUAUAGUAUACUAAUAUUAUCAUUUUCUAAUUGUGCAUUUACCGGGCUGUUCUUAUCAGAAAUGUAUGCAUACUUGUAUUUUUCACUUUUUAUUUUUUUUAUCACACUUGAACUAUCUUUUAUCUGACCCAAUAAUACUUAUUUUUUUACGAGUGUCUAUGUGGUAAAGUGGGCUCAUUUUUGGAUUUGACGGUUAUCUACAAAGUGUGAUUAAAACAGUCCAAAAAGAGCAUGCUUGUUUCUUGUAAUGAAAGCACAGCAUUUAAACCACAGAAGACUUUGUGUUUUGCAGGAAGAUGAAUUUGCCUUUAUUCUCUGGUAUUCCAGACCAAACAAAGGGGGGGUUCACAACAGUAGCGGCUGUGGAGCUGGUACAGUAAUUGGGCGUUUUGUUCAGCACAGCUAUUCGCCCUGGCAGAAACAAAAAUGUGAUUCAUACGACAUUUCAAUGAAAACAAUGCAGUUGCUAUUGCUGGGUGUAUUUAAAGAACUCAUGCAGCAUGGCAUUAUUUUGUAUUUUUCAUUUUUUUUAAACCAUCAGUUUCCAAUGCUGCGUUGCCGUCCGAUCACAUCCAAUUCCUGCGUCCCAAGUGGGAGCAAUUUAAUUGGUUCUUUUUUUUUUUUUGUUGUUGUUGGGUUUUUUUUUUUGGAGAACAUCACAUCACAGUACAGUACAGUCCUAUGGCAAACAAAGCAGGACUUUUAGCCUCUGUGACAAGAGAUGGGAUAUAGGGGGGCUGAAGGUUGUGAAUAAGUAAUUAUAUUUAAAUCAAAAUGUGAAAUAAAUAAACGGCCAAUUACAGUUAGUGUAUAAGGUGGAAGGUAGA